AUAGAGGAGCUAGGGGGCGGGGCUUAUAACAAAAGCGCGAAUGUAGGGGCGUGGCAAGAAGAAAGGCUUAGUAGACAGAGGCGGAGCUAAGUGCCGCAUCCGCCUAGGGGUGCUGCUUAGAACUGGGCAAACAGCUUGGGGUGAGGCACUUCCGAGUGAGACCUGCGUAUUUCCGGCAAAGAUGGCGGCGUCCAACAGAGUCAGGUGCAGGCGAGUCUGUCUUUAGGCGUGGUGGCCGCUCUAGACCGGGCAAGACCUUAAGGAAUCGACCCAUCCCGACGCCAGAGCUGCCUCACCGGUGACCAUCAAUUUCUUUUCAACACAUUCUUCCUUCACAGAAAGUCCAUGGCAGACAAAGGCUCAGGGGGCAAUCGCCUCCCCCUCGCACUGCCUCCGGCCUCCCAGGGUUGCUCGUCAGGGGGCAGUGGCUCCUCGGCGGGGGGCUCAGGCAACCCUCGGCUUCCACGGAACCUCCAAGGCCUGCUGCAGAUGGCUAUUACUGCAGGCUCUGAGGAACCAGACCCUCCUCCAGAACCCAUGAGCGAGGAGAGACGCCAAUGGCUGCAGGAAGCCAUGUCAGCUGCCUUCCGAGGCCAGCGGGAAGAGGUAGAGCAGAUGAAGAACUGCCUCCGGGUCUUGUCCCAGGCCACACCCCCAACUGCUGGUGAAGCUGAACUGGCCACUGACCAGCAGGAGCGUGAAGGGGCACUAGAGCUGCUGGCAGACCUGUGCGAGAACAUGGACAAUGCGGCAGAUUUCUGCCAGCUGUCAGGCAUGCACCUGCUGGUGGGUCGAUACCUGGAGGCAGGAGCUGCAGGACUGCGUUGGAGGGCAGCACAGCUCAUCGGCACGUGCAGUCAGAAUGUUGCAGCCAUCCAGGAGCAGGUGUUGGGCUUGGGUGCCCUGCGUAAGCUACUUCGGCUGCUCGACCGGGACUCCUGCGACACGGUACGAGUCAAGGCUCUCUUCGCCAUCUCCUGUCUUGUCCGAGAGCAGGAGGCUGGAUUGCUGCAGUUCCUCCGCCUGGAUGGAUUCUCAGUGCUGAUGCGGGCCAUGCAGCAGCAAGUGCAGAAGCUCAAGGUCAAGUCAGCAUUCCUGCUGCAGAACCUGCUGGUGGGCCACCCUGAGCACAAAGGAACCCUUUGCUCCAUGGGGAUGGUCCAGCAGCUGGUGGCCCUUGUGAGGACAGAACACAGUCCUUUCCAUGAGCAUGUGCUUGGAGCCCUGUGCAGCCUUGUGACAGACUUCCCUCAGGGUGUUCGAGAAUGCCGGGAGCCUGAGCUGGGCCUGGAGGAACUGCUCCGUCAUCGCUGCCAGCUGCUGCAGCAGCAUGAGGAGUACCAGGAGGAGCUGGAGUUCUGUGAAAAGCUGUUACAGACCUGUUUCUCCAGCCCUACGGAUGAUAGCAUGGAUCGGUGAGACCAGGCGGCUUCUUGCAUUCUCUCCGUGGGAACCCCAGGCCUCCUGCCUCCCUCCUUCCCAGGCACCCUCUCCCAAGGGAUUGCCAGGCCUUGUUUGGGCCUGGGCCUGGGCCUGCCAGCCCAUCUCUAGGCAGCCCCCUGGAGGGGUUGCUGAGAAAGGUGCUGGUCCCUUGGAUCCCCUUCCUUGCUUUCUGUCUUUCAUGUCCACACUGCUCUUCAAAUAAAAACAUUUCUCCUGCUCUCC